ACUCACUUUGAAGAUGUAGUAGCUAUUACGAAACUCAUUCAAAGUAAGAGAUAGAAAUGUGUUCUCUCGAGAAGCGUGGGACCCUUUUCAUUCUCACUCUCACCGGCGCCGACAGUGACGACCAACACCGCCUAGGUCCGCAGGUCAUCGCCUCCCUCCUCUCCACCCUCUCCCGCAUCGCCGCCGAAGCCAUCCCGGGAUCUGUUCUCAUCACCACCGCACACGGCAGGUACUACUCCACCGGCUUCGACCUCAUUUGGGCUCGGAAGGCCGAAUCCGGCGCCGCCGCCGCCAAUCGCCUCCAGUCCAUGGUCAAUUCCCUGAAGCCCGUCGCAGCGGCUCUGAUGUCUCUCCCGAUGCCGACAAUCGCCGCCCUAAACGGCCACGCAGCCGCGGCUGGUUUCCUUUUGGCGAUCUGCCACGACUACGUGCUGAUGAGGAGCGACGUCGGCGUGCUGUACAUGCCAGAGGUGGACCUAGGGCUUCCGCUGCCGGAUUACUUCGCGGCGAUGUUCAGGUCGAAGAUAAGAUCCCCGACCGUGAUGCGGGAGGUGGUGAUGAGCGGCGUGAAGGUGAAGGCAGCGGAGGGGGUGAGGAUGGGGAUUGUGGAUUCGGCGCACGAUAGUGCGGAGAGCGUGGUGGAGGCUAGCAUGCGCCUUGCGGAAAAGCUAUCUCGUAGGAAAUGGGUGGGUAACGUGUAUGCUGACAUAAGAAAGAGCUUGUAUCCCGAUGCUUGUGCCGUUUUGGAUUUACCCCUCAAACCUCUUUUGGUUUCUAAGAUCUGAAAUCUAUACUCUCCAUUUUAUUUUCUUACUUGUUACCGUACUACUUUCAAUUAUUAUUAGAAUGAAUAAUAUUUGUUUAUGAAACUGUA